AAACAUCCUAUUCAAGUAAAUGCAGUUUCUUCAUCUAGCUUGCUCCAGCUAUAUUACGAAAGGUUUGGUCAACCGAACAAAAGGUACAUUAAGGAUCUUGUACAGAGGGAAUUACGAAUCGAUAAAUUCGGAUGAUAUACAGUGUGAGCGUUGCAUUUAUGGAAAAGCACAACGGCUGAAAUUUGUUAAGAGAGAUAGAGCUUCUUUGCCAGGAAAGCUCAUACAUGCUGAUGUAUGCGGACUAUUCCCGGAAAGUUACUCGAAUUAUCGCUAUUUUGUUCUCUUUAAAGACGAUUAUUCCGUAUUUCGUCAUGUUUAUUUCAUAUGCAACAAGAGUGAUGUUAAAGAUAAACUACAACAAAUUUUUGAAAGAAAGUAAGAACGCUGGGCACGUCAUGAAAACAUUACUGAGCGACAAUGGUGGCGAGUUUGACAAAAAAGCCGUUCGUGAGAUACUGAAAAAAAAACGGGAUUACAAUGCCAUAAACACCGGAACAAAAUGGGUGUGCUGAACGAGAGAGCAGGACUUUUGUAGAAACCGCUCGGUUGCACAUGCAUUCUAGAGAAGAGUUUACGCAAGCCUUAUGGGUAGAGCUGAUCAAUACAGCUGCUUAUGUUCUGAAUCGUACGGGACCCACGAGGUUAGAUGGGAAAGUACCUUUUAACUGUGGCAUAAGAAGAAGCCCAAGAUCUCGCACUUGCGUGUUAAAGGAAGCGAUUGCUAUUUUCACGUUGCUAAGCAAAAGAGGAAGAAGCUAAAUAGGAAAGCUGUUAAAGGAAGGCUCAUCGGAUAUGACAAUGAUGAUGGCUACCGCAUCUGGGAUGGACAACAGGCUGUCUAGGACUGGAGUUAAGAAUUCCAAUGACGGUAACUGAUCUACCAAGGGAAAUGACUCCACAGUUGCCUAGCAAAGAGGCAGAGGUCAUUCCAGAAAUAACAGGUCAAGAGAUAGAGGGACGUAUCUUUCCAAAUAACGUUCUCUCGCAGAAUAACGACAUAAAAGAUCCACCUCGAUUUCUAGAACAACGACUCAGUGAAUCUGAACUUGCUCUGGAGGGAGAGUGUACAACAGUGCCCAUGGAUGAAUCUGCUGUAACAUCAGAUCAAGUUCAUGAUGAUGAAGCAGAACAAUUCUUGGAUGCCCAAGAAUAUGAGAGACAUACAGAGAAGCUAUGGAGAGAGAAGAUAAGUAAGUGCACAAGAGAAACUUCACUUGGUACAAUUUGAUGUUUCUACAGCCUUUUUAAAUGGUGAACAUAGAGAAGAAAUUUCUAAGAAGCAGCCAGAUGGUUUUAGUGAUGGGUCGAUGAAAGUAUGUCGUCUCAAGCGCAGCUUGAAUGGGCUCAAGCAAGCACCUAGAUGCUGGAAUUUGUAUUUAGAGCUAAUUCUCUUAAAUAUGGGUUUCGAACAGAGAGAAGCUGAUUAUUGCUUAUUCAUCAAAAAGGUUAAUCAGAAAAAAAUAUUGAUAACAUUAUAUCAUAGAGUUAUGCAUGCAUUGUAUGUUGACAAUGGCUUAAUAGCCGCUACGGAUACAGAACUAGCGAACAGUUUUUUGAAUGAUGUUAGAAACAGACUUAAUAUUACUACAAAACCUGCAUCGUAUUACUUAGGUCUUGAAAUUGAGGGAACUAAAUACUUUACAACGUUUUGGGAUGGCCGAAUGCAAUCCAAUUUUAACACCGAUUGAGAAAGAAGUUGUUUAAACAGGGAAAGUUGAUACCUGUACAAAGGUUUCCUUACAGAGAAGCAGUAGGUGCUCUCGCCUAUGUAAUGGUAGGAACCCAUCCUAAUAUCGAUUCGAGAUUCGAUCUUACUACACUACAAUGGGCGACAGAUUUCCGAAGUGCGUCAGGAUUACGUACUUUCCGCAACUCUCUUUCUGCCGCAUAUCAACGAUAUGUUAAUUUCAGGUACCUUCAAGUACUCUGAUGACAGCAUAGUUGUAGAUAGGUACUUGAUCAAUGCAAGGGUCAGUGCAAAAGAAAUCCAGUGUUGUCAAGUGUCUAUGAAUAGUCGUUUGGAUUUGACACUGUGGCUGUCUCUAAUUGGGGUGGUAUGAAACUUAUAAAAUUUAACGCCACUAAAACGCAGGCGUGUCUAUUCUCCACAAAACAGAGUUCCUUUUACCGGACUCCGCCUUUUUGUGAUAUAUCCAUACCGAUAGCCGACGAUCGCCAACUACUUGGAAUGGGCCUGUUAUCCAGGGUGGUUAUUGGGGUGGUAUGGAACUUGGUUAGAUGCAUAGAAUCCAUGGUCAAAAAUCGUCAUGGUCUCAUGGUCAUGGUCAGCCAGGAAGCUUGACAGCCUUUCCAAGGUGAGGUGUUACUUCACACUGGAACAAUUGCUUCAAAAAAGCUGUACGAAGCACAUAUCCAGUCUGGAUUGAAUUUGCCUUGGAUUCAGUUGAAAACGCUGCCAAGAGCAUAGGUGACUCGGAUUUGUUGCUAUAUUGUUCGCGCACCUCGCUCCCUUCUCGCUAUCCCAAAAAUGCGGGUAACUUUUGGGAUCUCUGUCUCGAGGACGCUGUCACUGUAUUGUAGUUAGGUACCCGAGCUCCUAGCAUUUAAUUACCGUUUAUUAUCAUUAUUAACUUAUUUAUCAAUAUUAACUACAAUACGAUAAUAUUAUGAGUUACAAAUUUACGUUUUAAUAGUUUAAAGACUAACCGAAAAUUCCAAAAAAUCCGGUUUUUCCUUAGCUGAAAACCGGAUUAUUCGGUUUUUUCGGUUAACCGGGUAGCAGGAUUGCAUUCGUUUUUUUCCAUCCUCUAACACCGCGUUCACAUUAUCGAGACACAAUGUCGAGUGGUUAAAACGCGUUCACACAUUCGUGCGAUAGGCGAUGCGAUGCAGGACACGUAUGUGUAAACGGUCACUUCGCUAUUCGCGUCGCGCAUCGCAUCUAGACAUGGGGAACAGCGUUACAUUUCUAUCGCCGCGACUGUCGUUCUGGUUCCAAAAAAAUCACGGCGAUACAUCACCGUGAUUUUGUCACGACUGUUACUUCCGUCACCUUGUCACGCCUAUAACUU